AUGGCCAUUGUCUCUCCCCCAACCUUGUUAACUGGCACAAGGUUAGUCUCAAUUUCUCCUCCAAAACUCAUCCCCCAAGCAAGGAAUUCCUAUAAUCCUAUUACUAUUAGUCAUAAAAAUAUAUUUACAAGAACUUGUGCAUAUGUUGCUAAGGGUCAUUCACCAUUGUUGCACCAACCUUUGAUCGAAACAAGCUUCUCUUCUAGGCAUAGAGGGUUACUGCAACUAGUGCCAUCAAGUGCUAAGACCUCAUCAGGAUCAGGAGAGGAAGAUAACCCAGCUGUAGACACAGUUCUCAAGCUUUACACUGCAAUCAAGAAUCAAAACAUUAAGGAAUUGUCUGAUAUAAUUGGCGACGAAUGCCGAUGUCAAGUGUUGGACUUCUUCAAAGUUCUGAUCAAAUUCUUGGGAAAUAAUCUUGAAUUUGUAGUGCAGCCUACCUUGCAGGAUGGACUCAUUGUUGGUGUAGCAUGGAGGCUAAACUGGAGCAAAACACAUAUACCUGUAGGAAAGGGUUUCAGCUUCUACAUUCUCCAAGUAUACCAAGGGAGGGUGGUGAUAAGGAACGUGGAGAUGUUUAUGGAACCACUUGUUCAUAUUGAGCCUUUUAGAAUGAAAAUGAUGGGAUAUGCGAUGAACAUAAUAGACAAGAUGAGCUGCUGUAAAUUGUCCAAAGAUAAGGUGAAGAAAGCUAUCCAGCAUUGGGAAUAA